CCCGUUUGUUCAUCUCUGACCUUUAACCUUAACCAUUUUUUUGUAAUGUCUAAAUUUGAUUGGAUGCCAUGUUUUCUUUCCUUAAUGGGUUUUAACAGAUUGUAUUUCUAUAUUUUUAAUGUUAUAAUGUGACAUUAAUUUAAAUAUUGUCUAUACAAUAUUGGUUAUUGGUAUCAAUUCCACUAAUUCCUUUAUGUUGCAUGAUUCCAUGAUUAACCAGCCACUGCGUGCUCAGACAUGGCUCCGCAUAGCAAGCCACACAUUACAUUUGACCUUGAAAUUUUGCUACAAAUGGUUGCAUUUUGUGACCUCUCCUCUCUGAAUUGUAGUAGAAUUGGCCUAUCCCAUUUGAGUCCCCUAGCGGAGGAAAAUGGGCCUACAGUGAGAAAUUGAAAAUAAGGAUGAGCGCCAUGUCUGAUCCUCCGCUUGUGGAAUAGAGCGGACGGCAGAGCGAAUAUUUCCCGGGCCGGGGGUCCCGUCGGGGGUUCGGUGUGAAUCAUGGCCGACAGCGCUGGGAUUCAGCAAGGUUCGCCGGCCAUCGGGGCCGCGGGCUUGGUUCCGGCCGCUCCUGGAGCUGGGGGGACGGAGGGCUCCGGCGCCGCUGGAGGAUCCGCACGUAUCGCCGUGAAGAAGGCGCAACUCCGCUCCUCACCUCGGCCAAAGAAACUGGAAAAACUCGGAGUGUAUUCAUCCUGCAAAGCUGAGGGAGCCUGUAAGUGUAAUGGCUGGAAAAGUCAGAACCCCCCUCCUACACCCCCACGAACUGACCAGCAGGUCAGCACAGUCAACCUGCAGGAGCCCUGCCGGAGCUGCUCUCACACCUUGGGUGAUCAUGUGACCCAUCUAGAAAAUGUUUCUGAGGAGGAAAUGAACAGGCUUUUAGGUAUUGUCCUGGAUGUGGAGUAUCUCUACACAUGUGUUCACAAAGAGGAGGAUGCUGAUACGAAACAGGUCUACUUUUCCCUCUUCAAACUGUUGAGGAAAUCCAUCCUACAGAUGGGUAAACCGAUGUUAGAAACACAGGAGAGUCCUCCAUUUGAAAAACCCAGCAUUGAGCAGGGGGUGAACAAUUUUGUCCAGUACAAAUUCAGCCACCUGCCAUCUAAGGAACGUCAAACCAUUAUGGAGCUAGCCAAGAUGUUUCUCAACCAGAUCAACUACUGGCAGCUGGAGACACCCUCCCAGAGACGCCAGAGGGUUCCCAAUGAUGAUGCAGCUGGAUACAAAGCCAACUACACGAGAUGGCUCUGCUACUGCAACGUGCCUCAGUUCUGCGACAGUCUACCUCGGUACGAGACCACUCAGAUCUUCGGCCGGACACUGUUGCGUUCGGUGUUCACUGUGAUGAGGAAACAACUGCUGGAGCAGGCCAGACAGGAAAAGGACAAGCUGCCACCUGAGAAACGCACACUCAUCCUCACACACUUUCCCAAGUUUCUGUCUAUGCUGGAGGAGGAGGUGUACAGCCAUAGUUCUCCGAUCUGGAGCCAAGACUUCUUGGCAGGAGCGUCAGGAGGGCAGAUUCCUAUCCACACAGUUAUCAGUGCGCCCCCUAUGGCCAGGCCCUUGUACUACAGCACCAGUCCUGUGUCAGUGGACCCAUCCACCUGUGGCAGUGUCAGCCCUGCCAGGAAAACAGCUUCUGGACUGGAGCCAAACCCAGUUGGAGAAAAGCGUAAACCCUCAGAGCCUCUCCCCCAUGAGGAAAACAAGAGACCCAGGGUGGUGGGUGACAUCCCCAUGGACCUCAUCAAUGAAGUCAUGGCAACCAUCACCGACCCGGCCGCUAUUCCAGAGACCAGCCUGCUGUCAGCUCACUCUGCACGCGAUGAAGCUGCCCGUCUAGAGGAGCGCAGGGGGGUGAUUGAAUUCCACGUUAUCGGUAACUCCCUAAACCAGAAGCCCAAUAAGAGGAUCUUGAUGUGGCUCGUCGGCCUCCAGAACGUGUUCUCUCACCAGCUGCCCCGCAUGCCCAAGGAGUACAUCACACGGCUGGUCUUUGAUCCGAAGCACAAGACGCUGUCACUGAUCAAGGAUGGCCGUGUGAUCGGAGGGAUCUGCUUUCGGAUGUUUCCGUCGCAGGGCUUUACAGAGAUCGUCUUUUGUGCUGUCACCUCCAACGAACAGGUCAAGGGUUAUGGAACCCAUUUAAUGAACCACCUGAAGGAAUAUCACAUAAAGCAUGAAAUCCUCAACUUCCUCACUUACGCUGAUGAGUAUGCCAUUGGCUACUUCAAGAAACAGGGUUUCUCAAAGGACAUCAAGGUUCCCAAGGCCAAAUAUGUGGGCUACAUCAAGGACUAUGAGGGAGCCACACUCAUGGGCUGUGAGCUCAACCCCAGCAUUCCCUACACAGAGUUUUCUGUUAUUAUCAAGAAGCAGAAGGAGAUCAUCAAGAAGCUGAUAGAGAGGAAGCAGGCUCAGAUCCGAAAAGUCUAUCCAGGGCUUUCCUGUUUUAAGGAAGGAGUUCGGCAGAUUCCCAUUGAGAGCAUUCCUGGCAUACGUGAAACUGGCUGGAAGCCUGUGGGCAAAGGGAAGGAACUGAAGGACCCAGAUCAACUGUACAGCACUCUGAAGACCAUCCUCCAACAUGUGAAGAGUCACCAGAACGCCUGGCCUUUCAUGGAGCCAGUGAAGAAAACAGAGGCACCUGGGUACUACCAAGUCAUCCGCUUCCCCAUGGACCUUAAGACAAUGAGUGAGCGUCUGAAGAGCAGGUACUACACGACACGCAAGUUGUUCAUGGCUGACAUGCAGCGCAUCUUCACCAACUGUCGUGAAUACAACCCUCCAGAGAGCGAGUACUACAAGUGUGCCAACUUACUGGAGAAAUUCUUCUACACCAAGAUCAAAGAAGCAGGCCUCAUCGAGAAGUAGAUGAGAGGAAGAAGAAGUUUCUCCUCACCUUAACAAAGGAUGAGACAGUCCUCAGACUAUGAAUGGUUAAGGUUAGGUUAUGGGUAAUGCAAAAGAUAGCUAUAUGCAUGGAGAAGAUAAGAAUAGGACUACUGAUUCUGGAGCGGUUAGGUUUCAGAAACACAUAUCUUAAUGUAAAAGGUGCGAACAGGUCUCAGAUCAGCGCCCCUUUUAAUGUUAGAUGCAUGCCGGUCCAGAUCCUGAAUCAGUAGCUUAAACUGAUAUUUACACUGAAAGAUAGGCCACAAGGGAAGGCCUCAUCGAAGGCCUGUGAGACUGUUGCUGACAUUAAGCAAAAGAAGCAGUGUCUUCAUAUUUCAUCACGUAUCCCAGAGUCCCAUGGAAAAACAGGACAGUGGAGAGUGUCACAGUAAUACAUGGGCAUAAAAGCCUCCAUUAUUAUUUUUGUGUUAGAUGUUGAAAGGCAACACAGAAUGACAGCUGAUUGGAGAUUCACCAUACACCUUACUUUGUCUCUCUCCAUCUCUUCUCCUUUCUUUUCAUACUUUCAUCCCCUGCCUUUUUGAGUGUCUGCCUCAUCCUCAGUUGACUCAGGUAGAGUUGUCAUGAGCAGUAACCACAUCUUACAGUGUAUUAAGUCAUUACACAAGUGUUACCUGUGAGGAGCGUGACUGAGAGUUCAGGGUUUUCCUGUCUGUUUAACUCUGUUCCUGUGAGUGUGCACAGCGUUAAUGAGGUCAAAGUUUGUCUGUGAUGAGUUCAUCCUGCCAAAAGAGGAAUACGUACUUUAAAUUUGUACAGAUUUUAAUUAUUUGAAAGCACUUAUACCCACUGUAUAUUUUAAAUGUGUAUAUAACAUAUAUUUUGUUUCAGAACUUAAAAAAAUAAUCUUUUUUUCCAUAAGCCGCAUAGGGCUCUUUGACUAUCAAAAUGCACUUUUAUUUUUCCAAGUAUUAGUUAACAUAAAUAAGCCCUUCUGUUUUCCAUAUAAAUGACCGCUGUUGACUAAGGACUAAUUCAGUUAUCUAGAGUUUAUUCUUAUUUAUGUGCUGUAAUUUAAAAGAAUUAUGCUAAAGACAAGGUCUUAAUUUAUUCUUUCUUAUUUUUGUCCUGCAGAUGGAGAUUGAUAACUUUAUACUUUGGAGAUAAAUGAAAAGAUUGUGCAAUACUAUGUAGUUUUGCUGUUUUGUAAAAAAGGUGUUUGUACUUUUCAAACUUUAGGAAAAAAAUACAUUUUGUAAUAUGUCUGGAAAAAUUAUUUCAUGCUCUUUGUACAAUUGGUUUUAAUGACAUAGUAUUAGCCUAUUUUAUAGACUGAAUAAAACAGAAGUGAAGCUAA